AAUAGCAAAAAGGUAGUCCCAAAACGUCACCUUUUCCUAGUAAUUAGCUCCAUCUGCUUUACCUUGACAAGUAGAUAGAUACUUAGAUAGCUACGGCGAGAAGAGAUCGAACGAACGAAAUCGAAGCCAAAAAAGAAGAACAAACAAAAUGAGCAUCGGAACAACACUUUCAACAACACCACACCACUCUUUCCACUCCAACACCCGAACCAGUUUACUCAACACCGUUUCCCCAAUCCAAUUCCUCUCCUUCCGCAAUCACACUCACAAUCUCAGAGUCCUCUGUUUCUCUUCGAAUCCGUCGCAGCAGCCGCCGCCGGUGGUGGUGGUUGGCUCCGCGAACGCCGACAUCUACGUGGAGAUCGACCGUCUCCCACACGAAGGCGAGACUCUCGCGGCGAAGUCCGGCCAGACCCUCGCCGGCGGCAAGGGCGCCAACCAGGCCACGUGCUCCGCCAAGCUCUCCUACCCGACCUACUUCGUCGGGCAGGUCGGCGACGACGCCUACGGCACCCUUCUCUCCGACGCGCUCCGUGGCGGUGGUGUUCGCCUCGAUAGCCUCACCGUGGUGGCGUCGGCUCCCACGGGUCACGCCGUCGUCAUGCUCCAAUCCAACGGCCAGAACUCCAUCAUCAUCAUUGGCGGCGCCAACAUGAGCUGCUGGCCCAGCACCUUGCCACGUCAGCAUUUGGACCUUGUGGCCCAAGCUGGCAUUGUUUUGCUGCAGAGGGAGAUCCCUGAUGCUGUCAACGUUCAAGUCGCACAGGCUGCAAGGAAUGCUGGUGUACCAGUAGUGAUGGAUGCUGGGGGCAUGGAUGGGCCAAUUCCGCCACAAUUAUUGAAAUUUGUUGAUAUUUUGAGUCCUAAUGAAACUGAACUUGCUCGUCUUACCGGAAGGCCAACAGGAAGUUUUGAAGAGAUUGCACAGGCUGCUUUGAAAUGCCAUGAACUGGGAGUUAAACAAGUUCUUGUGAAACUUGGGGAAAAAGGAUCCGCGCUUUUUGUAGAAGGAGAAAAACCAAUUCAGCAGCCUGCCAUACUUGCUAAAACAGUUGUCGAUACAACUGGUGCUGGUGAUACUUUUACUGCUGCUUUUGCUGUGGCCUUGGUUGAGGGAAAGUCCAAAAAGGAAUGCCUCAGAUUUGCUGCUGCUGCAGCUUGUCUUUGUGUUCAAGUGAAGGGAGCCUCUCCCAGCAUGCCUGAUAGGAAAUCUGUUUUGGAUCUUCUUAAUUGUCAAUGAGAAUACUCAGAAAAGAGGUCACAAUUUGGACUAUCAGGAGCGGAAUAACUGUGUAUGGUAGAGAUAAAGACCCUGGAUGAUGGCAGUAAGUAAAGCAAAAGUCCUUUUACAGAGCAUUUCUGUAAGAUGGAUUCUUCAGCAUAAUAGCUUGUUGUCAUUGUAAUAAGAUUAGGCCAAACAUUUACACUUUUGACAAUGGAAAGAAAACGAAGAGAAGAUAAAAUAAUGUUUGACAGGUUUGGUUUAAUAAGAGAAGAAGCAAUGCAAGAAAAUAAGGAACUUCGUCUUUCUUCGGUGAGAAAA